CGAAGCAGGGAUCUGGCAACACGGAACCGUUGGCCAAGUAGACCUUCGAAGCAACCAACACAGACACUGGUCACUGAAUCGAAACCAUUAAUUUUUAAAAUACCAAACCCUGCUUGGACGCAUUGCCUUUGUGAAGUCUGGGUUGCAUACAGUGCAUGUUUUGUUUAGCUAGUCAGGUUGGAGCCCCAUUUGGUGUUUAUUUUUCAGAUUUCGACAGCAUACUUGGAGCUUGCUACCCUUUUGAAUUAUAUCAUUUUGGCUCCCACCAUGGCAAAAUCCCAAAACAGAAACGCCAGUGAUAAACUGGAGGAAACCGUGACCAAGCCCCUGUCUUCGUUGCGUUUUGCUUAUAGCAGCAGUGAUACAAUGGAUUCGGAUACCACCACGAAUAAUAGUAAUAAUGGAUUGACCAGCCCACUGGUUUCCUUUCAAGCCAAACCCAAGGGUCCCAAGUGUCCCUUUGGAAAUCCCCUCGUCAAGUUGGAAUUGUACGCGGGUGGAUGUAUUUGGUUGUCAGGGAACUCUGGUCUUGGCAAGACAACUUUAUCUACCUGUCUGGCAGGACUUUCCUCCCCGCAAGAUUUGGAAAAAUUGGAUAUCGACUGUCCACAAUGCGACUGGAACCCAAAAAUUCCACCCAUCGAACGCUGUGGUGUCUUGUUUCAACAAACCACACUCUUGGAUGCCCUCACGGUGGCCGGCAAUGUCAGUGUCGCCUUGCAAUCCUGUCCAUCGACGGCCAAUAGGUACACGACCCCGGCAGAUCGAAUCCGCAAAAUCAAACAAAUCAUGGAAGCCGUCGGCUUGGAUUAUGCCCGGGAUGCUGCCAAACGACCCACCGAAUUGUCGGGCGGCAUGGCGCGUCGCGCUUCUUUGGCACUGCAAUUGGCACAACGAAAACGAGUGAUUGUGUUGGAUGAACCAUUCAGUGGAUUGGAUCUGGAAACGGCCAAAUCGGUCGCCAAGGAAUUGGUGCAAGUGCGACGAAAUAUUGGAUCGGCAUUGAUUUUGAUCAGUCAUGAACCAGAGCUGGCUCAACUAGUAUUGAACGAAGACAAAGACAGCAAACAACAACAACUUACGGCCACAGUCAAGCUGACACCACCCACGACACCACCGACGGCACCCACAUCGUCGUCGUCCAGCCGAAACCUGCUGUUUGGAAUAUCCUUUUGGGAUCGAUUUUUGGAAAAAUUGAUAGAUUAUGUCUUUUACUCUCUGCCGCUGAUUGCUUUGACGUUUGUGGCAUGUGGAUUGGCAAUUUCCAUGCUCAGUGCCGACAUUCUGCAACGCAUUGAUGUCACCGAUCGUGUCUUGGAAAUUGUCGACAAGGAACUUCGUCCCAUGAUUGCCAUGGUCACCGGGGAGGAAGAAGCCAAUCCCAUGUACAUGAUGGUGGCCAAAAUGAAAGUGCGGGGAAUGCUCAACACUACAAUUCCAGCUGCCAAGGCAACUUUGUAUGCCAUUGGCAUGGCCAAAUUGUUUGUUUUGGAGAUUGGACCACUCUUGACGGCGUUGCUCUUGUGUGGGCGCAUUGGAGGGAGUUAUGCCGGCAAGAUUGCCACCAUGCAGGCAACAUCUCAAACAAAACUGUUGCGGACCUUGGGAAUCAAUCCACAGACAUGGACUUUCUUGCCAGCCAUGAUGGCAGCUCUAAUGGCAGCACCCAUUUUGACCGUCAUUGGUACAUGGAUUUCCGUGUUUUUGGGUGGAAUCAUUGGACCUCAGUAUGGGAUUGGAACACUGGAAGGGUACAAUGAGGAAGUGUGGAAUUCCGUCUUUCCGAAAUUGGAUUUGGAACUAAAAUUGAAUUACGAAUGGACAGUGCUGGGCUUUCCGACCUUUAUUUUGACGAUGUACACGGCGAGCCGAGAAUCCAUUUGGUUGUCAGCAUUGAUCGAAUUGACAACUUAUCCACCUGUGUUUCAUAUCUGGAAAUCGGUGACCUUCAUGUGCAUACUAAUGGGUGUUGCAGAAACCAUUGCUCGACUGCAACCCAAUUUGACGCCACGGGGCGUCCCGGGGGUCAUCACCUCUUCCGUCGUGAUUUCCAGUUUGUUGAUCAUCGUUGCUGACUGGGGCUUCUCCCAGUGGCUCAUCUUGAGAGUGUAAGAAGGAACCAAAGAAAAAGCUAAUGUAGAGAUAUCGGACUUUAAUACAAGAAAGGUAAUCAUGUACACACUACGUCUG